UGGGCCGCGCGUAUAAGUAGGCGGUGCGGGCAGUUCGGCUGUCUCUCUGGCGUCGAGCUUUUGUCUUGUAGCGACGGUCUGGGUUAUGACCUCGUGCUCUCGUUGGCAGACCUCCCUCCCGACUCCUGCACGACCUGCUGUUACAGCGAGCGGGGCUACUCCCGGCCCUUCUGCCUGGAGCAUCCAGAGGCCUUCCAGAAGCAGAAGAUAGUUUUGCUGCUCUUCACAGGAGUGGGAUCCUUUCAGCUAUGAAACAUAUGUUGAACCUGUAUCUCGUGGGGGUGGUGCUGACCUUCCUUUCCAUCUGUGUGAGACUGAUGGAGUCACUGGAGGGCUUACUGGACAACCCAUUGCCUGGGAGCUUCUGGACCACCAGAGGUCAACUAGCCAGCACAGAACCCAAGGGCCUUCCAGAACAUCCACCCAGAGAGGUGUGAUAAGACCUCCCUCCACCAGCUAUAACCUUGGAACAUUGACCUAAAUCUGUUCAGCCAGGUGUCGGGUUCUCAGCAGGCGAGCUCAGCAUCAAUGUUAUUAGAGAAGUGACUGUUACUAGGCCCUUGAAGGGCCCCUCCAUCUGAAUGCUUGCCCUGGAAAUGGUGUGGGCAGCUUGCCUCUGGGAUGGGGUGAUUUCGCUCUUGCCAGUUUGCCACACUCCUUGUUGUCCUUGGCAGCGUGGCUCUGACCUCUCUUAGAUGAGGGCUUGUGCUCCAGCUUCAGCUGUCGGGAGAUGAUGGUGUUUUCAGCCCUACUUCCUAAACAUCUGCCAAGAGUUUCUUUGGACUUGGUUGGCUUAUGGUCAAUUUCUUUGGUGUUUGGCUUCUCUUUCACGUGAGGGCCUCUGUAUGCAUGACAGUUGAAGAGGUGUGAGGUGUGUGCCCUGGCUCUAGGGAGGGGGAAGACAGAGUGUUCAGUGUCCAGUUCCCGUUUUACAUUUUUAAGUCCGUCCACCAAUGCAUUAUGUCUCUGUAUGUACUGGUCUAAAGGGGACAGUGGGGAUGACAGAGCCUGCUCAGGACAUGGGUGUUACAGCCACCAUGUGGCUUAAGUGAAUUUUUCUAGUGAAAUAAAGUUGAAUGUAUGUUUCCAA